AUGAUUGGUGUUGUUGUGGAUGACACAGAUCUUAAAAUAGCAGCUGAGAAGGGGAAUGAGGACAUUGUGAAGACGCUCCUUCUAGCUGGUGCUGACCCCAACUAUAUGGAUAGAUAUCUCAGGACACCACUACACUACGCUGUUAGAAACAACCAUGCUGGAGUUGUUCAAGUGUUAUUAAAUGAUUCCCGUUGUGAUCCCAAUGCAAAAGAAAAGACUGAUUCCAACCUUUCAUCUGGACUUUCUGGACACUGGAUUAAAGGUAUCACAGCUCUUCACACAGCAGUUGUGAAGGGUUAUGAUGAUUGUGUUAAGAUGCUGCUUGAUGCUGGUGCUGACGUCAACUGUCAGGAUGAUGAUGGCAGGACACCACUAUACUAUGCUGCUGAGAACAACAAUGUUGAUAUUGUUCAAAUGUUAUUAAAUAAUUCACUCUGUGAUCCCAGUAACAAAGCUCUUACCAUAGCAGCUGAGAAGGGGAAUGAGGACAUUGUGAAGACGCUCCUUCAUGCUGGUGCUGACCCCAACUAUAUGGAUGGAUAUCUCAGGACACUACUACACUACGCUGUUAGAAACAACCAUGCUGGAGUUGUUCAAGUGUUAUUAAAUGAUUCCCGUUGUGAUCCCAAUGUAAAACAAAAGACCGAUUCCAACCUUUCAUCUCGACCAUCUAGAUCCUGGAAUAAAGAAACACAUGCUGAAGAACAUGGAGAGCAACAACUGAAGCUCAUCCCAAUUACCUCUGAUGCCAUGGAUAUUCCACUUUAG